AGCACUUCCACUGUCACCGUGCACUGCUGUUUGCACGCUGUGACUUCUUCAAGCAGCUCUUCCGAUCUGGACUACGUGACAGUGGCUUGGAGGAGGUAGAGCUGCAUGAAACUGUCCCCGAGGCCUUCCGCGUUGUACGACAUUACAUAUAUACCGACCAGCUCCCCGAGGAUGUUAAGUCUUUUCUGGAGGAGGACGUGAAGGACAGCAUGGAUGUCAUGGAGGCGGACGUCAACAUGCCCGCUGGCAUAAAGAUGAAAGGCCGGAAGGGUGUAGGGGUGGUCAACAGGGAGUUAGCUAUGGCCAUGCUGGCGCAGCUGAUGGCAGCUGUGGAGCUCUCCGACCGGUUGUUGAUGCAGGAGGCCUGCUCGGUGCUCCAGAAGGCUGUUCUUGGUGUGGUGCGGAAGGAGGUGCUUGCCAAGCGGGAGGACGACAUGGAGCAUGUCGCCGAGCCACUGUCGCUGCAGUACGUGCAGCACCAGCAGAAGGAGGAAGAGGUGUUUGGGAGAGUGCUGCUGUGGGCACACCGUCGUGGGUUUGCAGAGCUGGUGCACGACCUCAAGACCGCCUACCUGGAGUGCCUCCGCCAAAUGUACGACACCACCACCCCGGAGGGAAACCCCGGAUGCAUCAAUGACCCCAGCAGCACCAGCAGCUGUGUUGACGGCAGCAUCGGCAUUAGGCGCAUGCAUGGCCUCGGCAAUGGUGACAUGGGUGCGGGCACUGCGGCGCUCCUGGCCACGGAGGCCCCAGACCUCCUGCACCAGCUGCACGUGGGGGUUCUGCAGCUCCGAGCUGCCCUCCAGCGGAAACGCGAUGUUCGUUGGCAACGGCAACAGCCCCAGCAUUGCGUGAGUGCAACAGCAACGGAAAGUGCAGAAGCGGUGUCGUCAUUGCCACCGUCACUGCGGAUGCGGCUGCAGCUGCAGCAGAAACUGCGUGAGUUGCUUUGAGGCGCUACAGCAGUGUGGGGACGAGCAUUAGCGGCAAUCGUGUUAACGUUUUACAUGAGUGGGCGAUUAUAGGGGAGCAUCAAUGGAUAGCGGAGGGCCUACACAGCGGGCAGUGUGUAAGGAAUGCAGUUUGGGGAAGUCCAGGGGCACGAGGUGUAGUAAGCACGCCAACCUACCUGGUCCAACCGGGUUUAGCCAGUAUGCAUGCAGCCCACGAGAACCCCGUGCAUGAAGGCAAG